AUGACAUCAAUUAAAUUGAAAUACAUCACGCUGGCAUGUGUGCUGGCUGCUACUGUAGCUGCAGGGUCGCAGUGCCACAACGACUACUACCAGCUUAAGAGCGUCUCCCAAGCGCAGGAGGAGUGCGCUCGUUACCAGGGCAUUCCGUGUGCCCGGCUAGCCGUCUACAACAAGUAUAUCUACCCAAACGAUACCCAGACGCAAUGUAUGGUACGUUGCAUGGGCCUCAACCUUGGCUGGUGGAAUGACACGCACGGUGUACAGGAACCGGCGAUGCGCAGCUUCUUCUAUCCGGACCCGAACGACUGCGACUACGAGCGCCGUACCUACCAUUGCCUUAAUUCUCAACGUCUCAAUCACCCAUCACCGCACGUCGAUGUUUGCGAGCGUGCGUACGAAUCCUUCCGGUGUUACUACGAGCAGUACGGUAACAUCGUCGUAACGCCGCAGUUCGUCCCACUGAGUGAUCUACAACAGGUAGAUGUAUUGUUGCAGUGUGCCAAUUUGCUACCAUUCUCUGGGGGAAGAUCGUGCGCUGGCAGUAGGAAACCGUCGAAGCGUGAUGUCGAUUGUUUAGCGCGCUGUUUUCUACUGAGAAGCGGAUUGUACAGUGAGCAACAUGGACCACAUCUGGACCGUCUGUAUGUGCAGUGUAACAAUUACGCGAACGAGACUCGUUUCCGUGAAACCACCGGUACCUGCUACCGGCUGCUGAAGUCGGAAUGUCAGGACGAAUGUGUCCUAGCGGGUCGGUUUUUGCGGGAAUGUUUCUAUGAAGGAGGAAUAUCAAUAGUUAACUCACUCCCCGCAUCGGAAGCAUCUGUAGAGUCGGCAGGUUCUUUGGGUUUGGGACAAGGAUCUGCCGAAUUGGGAGAAUCUCAUCAAGAGAAAUUUCUGCAGAGAUGGAACCGAGAAACCCUUCAGAAACUAUGGGAUCGGCAGGAACUUUAGGAUUGGCCGAAUCUACAGGAACGGAACAAGGAUCUGUAGGAUCUAGAGAAACUGAAGGAUUGCCAGGUUCUUUAGGAUCGGAAGAAGGUUCUACAGGAUUGGGAAGA